AUGUUAUUAUGGUUGCAGACAAUUUUUUGUUCAAUGGGAAUAUUAGAUUUUGAUUUAUUUGUAGAUCUAGAAAAUAAAUCAGAUUACUACACAAAAGAACUUGAGAAUAAAGGAUUAUAUGUGAAUGAAGAGAUAAAACAAAAGAAUCAUGAGCUGACAAAAGCUGAAGAAGAAUUUUUUUUUGAAAACCAAUCUAAUUCUAAUAUAUUAGAUGAUCUGACAAAUUUUAUAGACGAAUGUUUUGAUAAUGGAUAUAAGAAUGUUGAUUAUUAUUUAAGUGAUAAAAUGUUGUCAACGACUUCAGAUAGUAAUUCAACGUCAAAAAGUAGCACAAGUAAUCAAUUUAUUACUAAUAAAUUUAACAAACAAUUUUGUACAAUAAAUAAAUCGAUUAAUGACAUAACAAAUUUAGAAGAUGGCAAUGGUAGCCGAAAAGCUAAAGCAGAACAUUUUAAUAAAAAUGAAUUUUGCAAAAAUAAUACUAAUCUAUCAUUACAUUCAACUCAAAAUUGUUUAUUACAGGGGCAAGAUAUUAAUACAAAAGAUAAUACUUUUUUCCAGACAAAUGAUAAUGUUAUUGUUUUAUCAGACCAUCAAAAUUACCUCGAAAAGACUAAUUGUAUUAAUAAACCAGAUAAUGCACAAAUUGAUACACUAUCUAAUGUUAUUUAUUCAUCAAUUAAAGAACCAGAAAAUAGUAAAUCUAGCAUUAAUGCUAACAAAAAUAAUAAUAACGUAAAAGUUAAAAAGAAAAAAUCAAAAACAGAUAACAUUAAAAAUGAACAAAAAUCCGAUAAUAAAAGCAAACGGAGAAGGGCAUUUUUUGCUGAUAUUUUUGUAGAUAACGAGAUUACACUUUAUAAAAAAUACAAGCAAUCUGAAAAGAGUUUUAGAAAUUUUUAUAAAAUUAAAUUUAAAAAUCGAAUGCCGCAAUUUAUUAAGAAACUUGAAAUAUCUAAUCUUUCUGAUAGCUUGAAACAAAAAUCAAUAUCUGCUCUGAGAAAUCUUUCAAGUUUUUUAGAUACGAUAAGUGCAAUUAGAAUUAAUAUGGUAAAAAAGAAAAAUAAGGAAGAUUUUUUAAAUUCAUUAAAUCUAGCAUGUUAUCAAUUUAGCAAGUAUACAGGCGUGUCUCAAAAACUUUUAAUUUUUAAAUUGAUUUGUAAAAAUAUACAUAAGGUUGAUGAUAGCGUUUUUUGUAAGGUUUCUGGUUGUGAUUUUUAUGAAGUUAAGAGGUUCCUAUUUUAUAUUGACAGAAGAUUUAAUUCAUUUUACGGUAGACUAAAAAAAUUAAGGGAUGAUUUUAAAAAAAAUGAAUAA